AUGUCAGCAGAAUUUAGUAACGACAUGAUUUAUUCUCCAGUUGUGGAGACAAGCUUUAGUUCCUCAUCUUCAUGUUCUUCCAGAUCAUCGGGUUCCAGAGCUGGCUCCGUAUCAGAGAUAGACUUUUUAGAUGCAGACUACAACGAAGUUUUUGUAAGCGAAAAAUCGCCAGCAGUCAACGAAACUCCUAAACGGCCUGAAGAAAAUACGACAACGAAACGCAAGCGCUACAACAAGUCCAGGAAACGAGAGCGAAGUCCAGCAUUAAUAGAAAAAUUAAAGAAAACAAGAAGAUCUAAGGCUAAUGACAGAGAACGUAAUAGAAUGCAUGGACUUAACGACGCAUUGGAAAGACUCAGAAAAGUUCUCCCUGAGAGUGCAACAGGGGAUAACAAACUAACCAAGAUUGAAACUCUCAGGAUGGCCUACAAUUAUAUUUGGACUUUGUCAAAAACUUUGGAGCUAUGGGAGAAAAUUCCUGACCAAGAUGACAAGAUGGAAAACCAAAUGAGUGUUACACCUUCAUUGAAGCAAGAGUCCAUCCCAGUUUCUUGUGCUAUGAAUGAGAGACUUGCACCACGUUACAAUAGUUUUGUCGCCUCAACUAAUGAACAACUCUCGGUGAAUGGACAGUUUGUUGAAUACAUGGCAAACAACGUCGAAGUGCUACCCCAGGGACACAAUGUUCAAACUUCUAACAAUGUAAUGUUCCAUCCAGUAUUUUCAUCCUACCCUGCAUCUCCAGACAGCACUUCCUGUGUUUCCCCGGUAACAUCGCCAAUUUCCGUCAUUUCCGAAUUAUCCCCGGCACAUUCCUUACUUUCCGGACAUGGUGUUUGGACUCGUGGACUUUACAAUGGACAUAUGCAAACAGUGACCCCAGAAGAAUUCUCGGACACUUCUGAAGGUUAUUCUUAUGAAAUGUUUCCUUGA